CCCGACCACACCUCUCCGCCCGCCGCCGGCGCCUCCUAUGCCCUUCCGCCCCACCUUCCCCCGCCGCUGCCUCGACGACCGCAAGCUCUCCUCCUUCCUCUCCGCCCUGGCCUCCUUCUCCGCCAACCCCUCCCCAUCGCCGCCCGCAGGAUCGGUUCCUGCAGCCCGCUCCCCCGCCGCCUACAAUGCUCUCAUGUCCGCCUACUCCCGCGCCGGCCGCCCAGACGAGGUGCUCCGCCUCUUCCGCUCCCUCCCCUUCCCCCCCACCGCGCCCCUCUUCACCACCCUCAUAUCCUCCCUCGCCGUCUCCGGCCGGCCCCGCGCCGCGCGCGCCGCCUUCUCCUCCCUGCUCGUCUCCGGCCUCACGCCCACCGCGUCUGCCUUCACCGCACUGCUCAAGUGCCAUGAUGGCUCGCUCGACUCUAUGCACCACAUUUUCCUUGCGAUGACCUCCGCCAGCUGCUCACCUGAUGCCGCCGUGUACAACUGCUACAUUUCCAUGCUCUGCGACUCCGGGCGGCUGGAGGAGGCCUGGGGCAUCCUUGACCACAUGAUGGAUGGAGGAGUCCGCCCCACUGUCCGCUCCUACACCGCGAUUCUACGUGGAUACUGCGAGCAGGGUAAGAUUCUCGAAGCAGAGAGGUUAUUCGAUGCCAUGGUCGAUGCCGGCUGCCCCCCGGAUGUCGUAUCCUACAGCGUGCUUAUUGAGGGGCUUUGCGGCAUCAGGGAAUUUGAUAAGGUGGAGAGGAUAUUAGAAAGAAGUGAAGAGAAGGGGUGGACGCCCAAUGCUGUCACCUACAAUAUUUACAUGUCUGCUCUGUGCAGGAUGGGGUUCUUGGAUGAGGCAUGUAAUCAAGUAGAUAAAAUGCGCAACAGAGGGCUGUUGCCAACGGUUGAGACACUGAGUAUUCUAUUUGAUUGCUUGUGCCGAGACGCAAGGUUUUCAGAAGCAGUCUGCUUGCUGGAACACAGUGAAGAAUUAGGCUGGCAUGCUGAUGUGUUCUGCUAUAACACUCUGAUGGGUAGGCUCUGCGAUGCCGGUGAUUUUGCAAGAGUCUUCAAGCUGCUGGUUGAUCUGUUGAAAAAGGGCAUUGGGCCAGAUAUGUUUAGUUUUACAAUUGCAAUACGUGGCUUCUGUGGAGUUGGGAAAUUCCGUCUGGCAAAGUGUCUAAUAGAUAAUGAGUGGAUUGGAUAUGAUGUUGUGGCUUUCAAUACUUUGAUUCAUGGAUUCUACAAUGCUGGGGAUUUACGUGGAGUCAAGCUAACUUAUAUCAAUAUGUGCAGUAGGCAAAUUUCUCCAAACAACUUUACUAAUGCUACAUUGAUCGAUAGCUUAUGUAAAGAUCGAAAAUUUGUCGAGGCAAUAAACUCUCUUGCAUCUUUGAGAGAUGGGUCGGUGCCUGAUCAUGUUGUUCACCUGAACAAUCGGUUGGUCAAAGGAGUAAGAUAUAAAAAGGUGCUCAACCUACUUGAUGAAAUACGCUGUAGAGGAUUUGAGCUAGAUACUUGCAUCUUCAUCCCAUUAGUUAGGGUAUUAUGCUGGGAAGGCUACUACAAGCAUGAGAAUAUCAAUGAAGUUUCUCUUAUACUGACCAGUCUAGGAAUUAGAUGAUAAUCUCAAGAUUGACUGAUUGAGUACCUGAAAUGAGAGUUUGAGUUAGCAUAAUCAUGCAAAUCACCUUUUGGUGCUGGUUCCCUCGUCCUUCACACACCAGCAAUCUCUCAUCUUUCAUCAGGGAGAAGUGCCUGAUUUUACGAGCUCUGAGAAAUAGAAGGGGAGCCUUGGCGCAGUGGUAAAGCUGCUGCCUUGUGACCAUGAGGUCACGGGUUCAAGUCUUGGAAACAGCCUCUUACAGAAAUGUAGGGCAAGGCUGCGUACAAUAGACCCAAAGUGGUCGGACCCUUCCCCGGACCCUGCGCAAGCGGGAGCUACAUGCACCGGGCUGCCCUUUUUUGAGAAAUAGAAGUUUGGGCCUGGACAAGAUGAUCAAGCUCAAAUGUGUUCUAGAGCAAAUAUUGGGCAUAAAGGAAGUGGAAACAAAAAGGAUGUUGCAGCAGACAAUGCAUUUGAGGAACCAAGCUGUUAAUGCCAGAUUUUUCUUACAUCAUCAGGGAUCGCUCCCCGGUUCCAUUUGAUAGAGACGAAACCAAUCUUCAAACAAGGUUGAGACCAGCUGCCAGAAAGAAAACGCCUUGGGCCCAACAAGACGAAAGAAGACGCUUCUCCAUUGUGCAACGUUUUAAGGGUUAAAUAGCACAGUUGGCUCCUUUGGCGAUGCAACAGCAGUUAUGGUGACGCUGCAACAUUUUCCUGGUUAUUUAGGUUAGCUUAAGUCGAGUCAGUCGAUGUGUUGGUACAUCUGGCUUGUAUAUUAGUCGAUGGCACCAUCAAGCUAGUGUACAAUUUUACUGGGAUGGCUAUGGUAGAAACAAAAUUUAUCUAAUAUAGAAGAUUUAUACAUUUUCCUAGACACAUGUUCCUCUCGCCACCACUCUAAGUUGUAUAAAUGGAUGGUGGAAACAGUGCAUCCAAAGUGCACAAAUUACAUACAAACGCAAAUAGCUAUCCCCUAUUAUUUGA